AACCAAAAGAUGCCAUCCAAGGUAUCCUUACACCCAUGGGAAUGGACCACUUCACCAUGGCAACGUGUAUAUAUUGAUUAUGCUGGUCCUUUUAAGGAUACUAUGUUCCUGGUGGUGGUCGACGCACACAGCAAGUGGCCAGAAGUAAUUCCUAUGAAGUCGACAACCGCAGCGAAGACCAUUGAAGUACUACGAAAUUUGUUUGCACGAUUCGGAAUCCCGGAACAGAUUGUCUCCGAUAAUGGCCCCCAAUUCGUCUCAGAAGAAUUCCGGUCGUUUAUGAAAUCUAAUGGAGUAAAACACAUCACCUCUGCCCCAUACCACCCUGCUACAAAUGGCCUUGCAGAAAGAUCAGUGCAAACAUUCAAGUUAAAUGGAAGAAAGUUCGAAGCCAAUUCAAGAGAAGUUAGCAAAAUUUCUUAUAACCUAUAGAAAUACCCCACAUUCAACAACUGGAGAGAGCCCAGCACAACUUAUGCUUGGCAGGCCAAUACGGACACGUUUAGACUUAGUUAAACCUAAUCUGAACAGGAAGAUGGUGAUCAAACAACAGGAGCAGAGCAGGAAGUCGGCCAGUGCCAAGAACAGAGCAACACGGCAGUUGGAAGUGGGAGACAUGGUAAUGGCACGUGAUUACCGAGGAAAUCUAAAGUGGAGAUCGGGAAAGGUCAUUGAAAGGAUCGGACCUUUGAUGUAUAAGAUCGAAGUGACAUCGGGCGUAAUCUGGCGCAGACAUAUUGACCAACUGCUGCCAACCGAAGUUAAACUAAGCACAAUACAGGACAGGGAGCAAACUGCGAAUAUGGGAGUAGUGCAGCCGGAAGUGAUAUCCAGUUCAAGUGAACAGACGUUGCCAAUAGUAGCAGCAGACUUGCAAGUGCAACAGGGCUCCAGCACCCACGAACUUGUAAAUGAGAGCACUACAGAGACAUCAAUGCCUCUGGCGACAACGAGCGAACAAAGAUAUCCAGAAAGAGUGAGGAAACCACCUGUGAGACUUGAUCUCUAAAGUAGCAGUGUUACGGACAGAUGUAGGGGUUAGAACGUAUAUUUACAGUAUAUAGAUAUACAGCAAAGACUGUUAAUUAUGACUUUAAUGUUAAUGUUAUGUGCAGCAAAGACUGGAUAUUGACUGAACAAUUUUUAGUAGGGAGGAGAUGUUAUGGGUUACCUAUGUUAUUAGGAUGCGCGCGCAUCCACCAUGUGUUCGGGAUGAGUGCUUCUUGUUGAGUUAUACACGAAAUAUAAUAUAGCUAUUUAAUAGAAAGCAAAUACACAACAAUAUCGAUACCAAUACCUGAAAAAAAUGCAAAUUAAAAGAACUUCGACAUUUGGAACGAAGGCCCUUCGUCUGGAAACUAUACUUCUUAAAUUUACGUCGAAGUUCUUUUUGUAUUUUUCAAGUAGUUGUAUUUUCUACAAAACUCCUAUAGUGGACUUUAUAAAUAUUUAGUUAAUAGGAAAUAACACCUAAUUGGAUGUCAUUUUUGAGCCAUUUGGGAACCAGGUGAGUUUUCCCGCGCAGAGCGAAGACAAGUGAUUGAAUGUGAUUGGUUAGCGAAGAAAUUUGCCGCGAAUUUCUCGCUUCUUUUAAUUUUGUGCGACUAAAUCGCAUGGUGGAAAACUGACUUAAGGUUCUAGUAGUGCGAACUACAAAAUUGCUGCAACAAAAACUGAUUCGAACUCAUGUUAUUCAGUAGGGGUUUUUCCAAUGUUGUCUCGUGUUUUGUAACUUAUGCGUCAACAUAUUUGGUUUGCAACAAUUUUCUUGCUCUUAUUACUUCAUCUUACAGCACUUGUGGUGUCGUGGUCACCAAGCUGGCCUUCCAAGCCGGAAGACCCUGGUUCAAUCCUUGGUUGAACCUCUACUCAAGGUCAUAGAGUAACUGAGGAGAAAGAGCUACCUUUAUCUUGAUUUCAGUAAAUGUUAGACUCUAUAGACGAAGUUAGACUAUCACGUCGUCACGGAUAAGGACUGCAACUAUUGUAGGUAAGGUACCUCGGAUCCCCCAUCAAUUGGGCAAUGGACUGUUUGGAAUAUAAUAAUAAACAAUUAUUGGAUUCUGCUUUCACAUGAUAUCAAUCAAGAAUUAUUCAGACUUCGGUCAAUGUUAUAACAUUGACCUCGACUUGAAUAAUUCUUGAUGUCAUGCUGACAUGCUUAGCCUCAUCCAAUAAUUGUUUACUAUAUGCGCUCACUAUAAUGAGUGAGAAACCGCAACAAACUCAAUAAACCCAAACCUUUAUUUUCUUGCGCGGUUUGACAGUGAUCCUUUGAUUUUUAUUCUUACUCUUCGAUCUAUAUAUAAGUAAUAAGAAAACUUUCAAAUCGGUUUUGCAUGGUGCCAUUUCACCAUCUCAGGGGGAAGGGAGGGGGGGAUGUGCGACCUAUAUAUAUCUCUGCAGGGAGGAGAUGCUAAAUAGUCCACUGUGGAAUUAGAACCAAAAACUAGAACCAAUUUAGAACUAAUAGAACAAAAAUUAGGACAAAUUUGAUAAGAAAGGGGUCGAUGCCAGAUUGAGGGUAAGGCGUUUAAUUAACAGACUGUGGGUUCGAUCUGAAAUUAGAACCAUUAAACGAGGAAUCCAUGUGACAAUAUUGUCAUCUGACAAUCCGAGUUGGGCUGAGACUUGAGGGAUUUCAUGAAGUUUUGAUAUGUUGCUGUUAUGAGAUCAAGAACAGGCUUGUUUUAAGAUGUGUCUUGAUAAUAAGUUUGAUAUUUCAAAGUCAUUGAAGUCACCAAGGAAAACUAGUCCGCAAUUGGGAUAUAGAUUACAUAGGGUGUCAGCGGUAGUAGUUAAAUAUAGUAAUUUAAGAGAUGGUGUUUAUAUUCAGGAAAUACUGGUGGAUGGUAAACAACACAAACUGCAAUACCUGGAAGAGGUCUGGGUAGGCGAGUUGGGCGUAGCCAAAGCCACAAACACUCAAAAUUAUUACUUUCAAGAUCUAUUCGACGUUUAUCAGGGAUAUCCUCUGAUAGAUAAACGCAAAUUCCACCACCACGACAGUAAGAGCGGUCCUUUCAAAAAAAUAUAUAUUAUACCCACAAAUUGAGACAAGGUUGUCCUCUAUAUCCUCACUCAAUCAUUAUUCCGUUACUGCCACCAAAUUAACUGGGUUCACGACCAGCUUUGCAGUUAGUUCAUCGACCUUUGGUGAGAGAGAACGUGCAUUUAUCAAAGAAAUUUUUGGGAACGUCAUUUUCUAAAUUUUAUUUGUUUUAAGAAAUUUGCUUCUUCAUCGCGUUCACCGGGACUUUCACGGGCAGUAUCAUCAGCUUGUUUCUUGUUUUUCUGAUUUAGCAAGCAAGGUUUCAGCUUUAAUGUCGAAUCGCGUCCGGUGUGUCUCGGCCUUUACGCUGCCCUUUCGACUCGCUUUCUGAAGAGUCUACCUACCGGAUAGUCUCGUUUGGCAGUAGCGGUAGACUUCCAUAUAGCUUGCAUAAAAUUGGUUAAUGCAGCUACGUUAUUGGUCAAGGUAUUGUAAUGAUCUUGAAAAAAUCUGGGCUUUUAUCCAGAGUUGUGUCUUGUUCUUCUUCUAUAAUUUAAUCGGUCUUCAGGAUCAACAAGAUCUUCCGCCACAAUGCAGACAUUCCUAAAGACGUCUGAUCUCAACUAAGUUUCUUUUGCAAGUGAUCUGGCCAGCUUCGCGCGCAUAUCUCACGUGACUCCUUAGCGACAAUAACCAAGUUUCUUUCGACCAAGUACACGAAUACAACAGAAAUAUGUAAGAGGUGGACGAUUAGAAAAGUAAUUGGGGAGAGUGGAGAGGGAUUUUCAACUUGCAGGAAUUUUAUUUGGUCGUCUGCUGGUGAUGGAUUUUUCUUUCUCGGAAUAGACAACUUGCAUGUUAGACUAAAGAAUUUAUUAAAAUCAGUAAAAUUGCAAAAUUUGGUUACGAAAUGUUGUAAAAUGCAGAAAAUAUAGCCUUGCGAAGUUUGCAUAUUUUCAGUAUGUUUGCAUUACGUGCGGAAAUUGUUACCAUUUUUGAGCCGAAAAUGGUAACGAUUUCCGCACGUAAUACAAAUAUACUGAAAAUAUGCAAACUUCGCAAGCCUAUAUUUUCUGCAUUUUACAACAUUUCGCAACCAAAUUUUGCAAUUUUACUAAUUUCAUUAUUUUCUUUUUAACUGUUGUUUUAUUCACUUCUCAUUACUUAUAGAUUAAAAUUUAGUCUAACAUGCAAGUUGCCCAUUGCAGAGGUGUUUUUCUUUUUUCCCUCUUUGCACGAAUUUUCUUUGCCCCCGCCAGCAUGCUUUUCUGACGGUCAACCCUCAAUUACAAGAGGAAUUAUAUAUCUUUGCGCGUCUGACGGCUGUGUUAUUUACCUUAUUCCAUAAACAACAAAAGCAGUUAUAACUAAUAUAUAAUACUUUACAGACAAAUUAAAUUUUACUUCCAGCCAUUAUCGAAAUCAAAUUCUUCCAAUACAUUCUUUACUUUUGUGUUUAAACAGAUGCGAAUUGAUUGAGCGGUCAACUGGAAUAUUUUAUUACAUAUUAUACUUUAAAUAUUAAUUCCUAGCUCAGAAAUCCCGAGAGAAAGGGCAAACGUUUGACAUCAAGAUUAGUGCCAUAAAAGAUGGAGGAAUAACUGAGAACUACCAGGUGGAGGUACUAUUUAGAAAUAUCAUAAAACAUUUUUUAAAAAAUUUUCCGGAUGUCAAGAAUGAAACAAGUGACAAUAGACUUCAAUCAAGAUGUUUAUUCUGCCUGGGAAAACAAUAUUUCUCACUCAUACCGUAGUUACGUUAAACUGUUGCUAACAUUUUAUCUUCAGAUAUCCGAGAUGACGACACUCGUUGGCUUCUUUUUACGGUAAGAAUUACUGAUAAAUGGUAGUAUUAGACAUGGAAAUCUUAAACCUGGUCAUGGUAAAGGAAAGCAUAUGGAUAUUAAUAGUUGUCAACAUGAAAAAUCUUUCUUGUCGCCUUCUAGAAGGCGACGUUUUUUGUUGUUUUUGAGACUGACGAGAACACAACAUGGUUUUUAAUAACUAGAACGAGGUCAAUGUCUCAAAUUCAAAGAUUUCAAGCAUGCAGGUUAGAGAGUUAAUAUAUAAGAUACCUCUCAGCUUUGACUCACUCGAGCGUUAUUAUUACCCGAUACACAGAAAUAAACAUAUCGCUCGUGUGUAUAAGGAAGCAAAAAACUUUAAAAAGCUUGUGUUUUGUCAUAUGUGCAUGUUGAAGAUUACAACCUGAUCGAAACACCGUUUUUAAUCCAGUCCCCCCUCGGCAAUCUGCAUGACGUCCGUGUUGACGUCGCUUGCUUUAAACUUUUUAAACUUCGCUUCUUAUACACUGGACUCUGGAGUACUGCAUGGAUACAUUCUAAGUUUUUCGUGGAUGCAGUUUCCUCUCACUGAAAAGAAUGUUGCAUGUGUUAUAAUAACAAUACAAUAACUGUGGUUAAUUCUACCUAUAUGGCUAUAUAGCCAAGGCGUCGGGUUUGUCUGGGGAAUAAAAGAACAUGUAGCCUAUACCUUAGUCGUUCUUAUGUUUCUAGAUUUAUAAUUUUCGUUUCGUUGGCACUCUUAAUCAAUGGACUCGAGAUAAGUUUGUCAAAACGACGAUGUAUACUCCCAGGCAUUACUCGCAACUUAGAACCUGCAUCACGCCUAGAGAACUCAGAUCAUCACUCACUACAUGACGGUGGCUUGGUUUCUUACGAUGCUCCGAGCAACUCAUGUAAACAGAGAUACAUUGUUCCUGUUGUUUGGCACGUUAUCAUUGAUUUAAACAAGCGUGGCGACGUGUUAGAUGCCAUUUUACAACGACAAAUCGAUAUCUUAAAUGGUAAUCUAUUAUUUCGAAUACGUGAUUUCGAUCAUUAAAUGAUAUAUUCUAAAUUGAUCAGCGUUAAUAUACCCUUCAUAAACCUGAUAUUAAUCUGUAAUUAAUAAAAAAUCACAAUAUCCUUAAUGCAACCCUCAAUAGUCAAUAUAUUUAUACCUUCAUUGCUUCAAGUAAUCCUAAUUCUAACCAGAUAUAUUCUAGAUCAUUACGUUCUAAAUUAUAUUAUCAAAAACUUUUCAAACAAAAAAAUUAUCAAACAAAAAAGAUGAUAGAAUUAUACAAAUUUACCUGAAAUUUCAAUUCUUGUGUAUCAAUUCGGACGGCAACGAUAAAAAAGUUUACUUUACAGUACUUUAAUUAAAGUCACACAUUUUUUGUUGUUUUACAGGGGCAUUCGAAAACACUUCGUUGAUAUUCAAAACAGUAAGUAACACCUGCUAAAAUUAAUAAACAUUAAAUAAUUGGAAUGGCACGAUAUGAAGAAUCCAGUCAAUUUCCAUGCUCUCCUCCUCUGACUGGAAAAGCCAUUCAUUAUAUAUUUUCCAGGAAUCGGUGGAACGAAUCAUGAACGAGACUUGGAGCAGUGAUUGUCUUUCCUAUAUUCCACAAUUCCAAGAAAUCCUGGCCCAAUCAACCGACAUGAAACUAAAUCUUUACACAUGCGCAUUAAAAAACCUUAAUGUGCUUGGUCAUGCCUCAUAUCCUUGGUCACAUGACGAAGACAGUGUUUAUCACGGGGUGGUUAUUCACCCGGGUACAUUACCUGGUGGGGCAAUAUCACCUAUAAACGAAGGAGACAAUCUUGUUCACGAGGUGGGUUUUUAUAAUAUCGGCGAAAUAUUACCCCCGGCCAGCGAUGUAUCAUCACUACUGAGGGUAAUAUUUCACCGAAUCCCCCUAGCGGAGGGUCUAUAAACGAUACAUUAUACCGAAAGUUGAAGAACCUACUAGUUGAGAAUAAACUUGUUGAAUAACUAAGCGAAAUACAACCAUGAGAUAUUAUAUCUCGCGUUGCAUUGCGAAAUCAUGAAUUUGAGUGAAAUACCGUAAAAAUCACAUUGUCACGUGGUACAAAUGCUGUUUCUUGAUUGGACAAUUUGUGUUUGAGGUAUAAUAUUGUCAAACUAUAUAAUCUUGAACGGUGUCAGUGUAGGUAUAGUGCUAUAAUAGGAAAGCUGGGGAUUGAUAGGGAUGUUACUACUGCAAAAUAUAAGCAGAACUUCGACAUUUCGAGCGAAGAUACUAACUUCCAGCUCUUUUUUUAUACUUCGUAUUAACAGUUGCCACAGCAUGUCUCUGCCAAGAACUUUCUUUUUACAUCGACAAAAACCCUUCAGAAACUCAUAUUACAUAUAGUCUAUAGAUACAGGGCUAAUGAAGACGUUUUGACCAUCCACGAAAUCCAGUAACUCUGGCCACAUUUCGUUCUCUUUUGUAGGUUGGCCAUUAUUUUGGUUUACUUCACACUUUCGAGGUAAUACAAACUAUAUCCACCAGGGCGAUUAUAUAAUCGCUCUGAUACCUACAUAGAAAUACCGAAGAGAGAAAAAUGGUGGGCGUAUCGAAAUUCGGCCAUCUUUUUUACACCAUGGCAGUCUAUUUCGCCCUUAUUUCUAUAUACUGCACAGGAUGAAUAUGGCCGAGGUGAUACCGUAAUAACUAAGAAAAUUAUACUACUUCGGGAACCGUGGAAUUCCAUUUAAAAAAUAGGCUACCUUCAUGUGUUUUCCUCGCCCCGUCACUUUUAAACGAGCGCCAGUCAAGAAAGGCCUGGAACUAACCAAGGAAUAGAAAUUCAGUUUGCUGCGCUUCUUAAUUUCGCAAUUCUAAGAAAAUUUAAAAAACAUUUGAAACAUGUUUUAGUGAUGAAAAGUCCAUGAUAAAUUUGGGAACAAACUGAAAUAUAUUUUAUGAAAUAUCAAGUAAUUGUAAUCUCGGAAUGUUUGUCUGCUUACUCUGUCCAUCACAUGCGCAUGUCUCUGUUACAGGGUGGUUGUGAAGGAGGUGAUAGUGUAGCAGAUACACCUGCCACAGCAUAUCCAUCUUACGACUGUCCUGAUACAACACCACUUGAUUCCUGUCCUCACAAACCUGGAUACGAUCCUGUUCACAACUACAUGGGAUGUAAGUAUUUACACAGUUCGUCUACAGAACUCCACUUCGUAUGUUGAAAUGAAAUAUUUAUUCUUAACAUUCGACAUAGUACGUCAACCCAGUUUCUCGGCAAUUUGUGAAACCUUAAAAACACCAGGCAUUACAGAAACAGAAAGUAAAAAACAAAAUUUUAAAAACAAUACUCAAUAGUAGAUAUCGAUCCAAUAAGGAUCAUACCGAGUGCCGGAAAGCCAGUUUAAAAGAUUACAAGUAGACUACAUUAUUCUGGAGCCCCAUGGUGAAAAAUAUCGCAAGAUAUUUAUGAUGUACCAAAGAAUUGUAAAAAUAAACAUUCUGUUUUGUAGAUAAUCAAGAUUCAUGCAUUAAUCAUUUUACUCCUGGUCAAGUGGAGAGAAUAGACAAACUUCUUGGAUUGUAUCGCAAGAAUCUCAAGAGACUUACAGAAAGUAUAGAAUUACAUCAGCUUUUAUCUAUAAUAGGGGGCUUAAAGCCUGGUUUCCAUAUGGCCGUAAUAAUAGUAAAUAUAGAGUUACGAUCUUUCUCAACGCCCAGUUUAUAAUAACAUAAAUAUUCUCUAGUUCUAAGUUCUAAAAUGUUGUAUUUCGGCUGAUGAGAAAGAUCGUGACUUAAUCUUUACGACCGUUAUAUGACCAUAUGGAAACCUGGCAUAAGAUAAAAUCUUAGAUGAAAUCUGGCAUAAGAUGUUCUUCAUUGUCUAAUCUAGGACGCGGAUGUCACCAAUUAUUUAUGUUUUACUCUUGGAUUUGUAACCAGUUUAAAUUUUUGUUUUUCAUCUGUACCGUGUUUGUUCACAAAAACAUUCCAUAGCUUUCGCUCAUGCAUGUUGGUGACACGCUGAAUUUAGCGUGUUUGUCGUCUCGUCCACGUACUAGAUUUACCAGGUCAUCACCUCUCUAAUAUAUCAUGAAGAACAGCGACAGCGUUGUCAGUGUAUUUCAUUAUCCGUAGAAAGUUAACGCACUUUCUUCGCAAACCAGGGUCUUGAUCAAUGUAAACCUACGAUUCCGGUGCAGAACUCUGAUCACUGAGCUUCAGAGUCAAGUUGAAUGCCGAGCAUACAUUAAACACAAGUUUAUUUAUAUAUAUACUACCGUGAUGAUCGAACGGUCUCUGCCAGCGUAGCUAGUGACAAAAACACCAGAAAAAUGAGGAUUGAUAAGGAUUCAACUACCUGAAAAUAAAAGUAAAACUUCGACAUUUAUAUAAACAACCAUUUCGAUAUAAAUCAUCUUGAUUUUCCUCUACCAUCACAGGACCAUGUGUGAUCGACUCAGUUUUCCGUUGGGCGGAUGGUUAUAUUUAUUUCUUUGCUGGAGGAAGUUACUAUCGUUACGACGAAAUAUCACGUGGUAUUGAUCCCGGCUAUCCGCAAGCAAUUACCGAGCACUGGCGAGGUGUUCCGAACAAUAUCGACGGUGUAUUUCGUUAUGCAAAUGGUAUUACGUAUUUCUUCAAGGGAUCAGAAUAUUACAGAUUUAAUGACAGCAAACUUCAAGUUGAUUCGGGGUAUCCUAAGAAAAUCAAGGAAUUUUGGAAAGGAAUACCAAAUGGUAUUGAUGAUGUCGUAAGGUAUUUCAAUAUCCUUUUGUUAAACUAAACACCAGGAGCCGGAUGUUCAAUUCUGCAUGGAUUAGGGCUAGCCAUGCAUGGGUUAAAUUUUUGUUGGCAGGUAGGUAUGGAACUACCUGAAAAAUAUAAAGAUGCAACAACCUGAAAAAUACAAGGAGAAAUUGGGUUAAAUUUUAACCUGCUUUUUGGUUUGCGUAUUUCUGCAUGUCUGUUUAUAUUUCAAAACUUCCAGAAAAUAAAAAUCCCGUUGAUCCAGAGAAGAUUUCUGGAAAAGUAUUUCUACGUUUAUAAACAAGCUGCUGGAAAGAUUGCUUUAGAGAUUCUGUUAACCAAGAAUUAAGCUAACUGGUAAUAAAACUGAACAAACGGCCCGAAAAGGUGAUUUUAAGUGAUAUAUACCAAAGUAUAGAAGCGAGGUAAUGCGUUAUAUGCGCAUCCAAACAGCGGCAAAACUAACACAGAAAUACGCGGAUAUGAGCAGCACACUGAUUUGAACAUACAGAACACACAAUAGAUCCAAGCAACUAUGACGUGCUCGCAACAACCGAGUCCAAAUUGAAACCAGGAUUGAUUUUGAUAUAAAGGACGUAAAGCGUUUUACAAGUUUCCACAGCAAAUUAUAAGAUGCAAUGGAAGAACUGAUGAGCAAUUACAUAAAUGACAUUAUUUCUCUACUUAGUCUACUAAAAACAUGGUUAUCAGCCAAACAUUAAUAUCGAGCAAACUAUAACUCCCCGGUUGGAAUGGAGAUGGUUAGGUACCAACGCACUUUGGAUUAUAAAAUUACUUCAUUACACAGAGAGAAAUCGAUAGAAACUCUGAAUCUACCUCAGUAUUUCUUCUCCAUUCAGAUACAGCAAUGGCAUGACAUAUUUCUUCAAAAACGAUCUUUACUAUCGGUUCAACUCAAGUACUGCAACACUAGACAUAGGCUACCCAAAACAAAUGAAACAAUAUUGGAUGGAUAUACCAAAGAAAGUCCAGGCAGCAUUUACCUGGUAUAAUGGUGGAGUAUUCUUCUUCAAAGAUUCCAAAUAUUGGCUUUUUGUUCCGGGACAAAACUCCGUAGACAUUGCUUAUCCAAAGUCAGUGAAGAAUUGGUGGAGUGAAGAGGAACAAAAAUAUCAAGAUUAUAACGCAUUCAGGUAGGUCAAUGAAAUAUAUCUAUUCUUUUUAGAUACACGUGAUAUACACCAGUAUUAAGAUGACGACAUUUGCCAAUACACUGAUUGAUUGAACGUUUCCAAGGAAAAAGUGUAAGCAUACAUUUAAAUAAUGUAUUUAUCUACUUUUUCACAUUCCAAAUGUUAUAUAGUUUGCUGGAGCACGGAAAACGAUAAUUACAUUAAAACUAAUAAUUGUUCAGUAAAACACGAAAUUAAAAUGAAUAUUUUAACAAAGUUUCAUAAAAUGCAAGAAUUGAUCAAUUGAUAUUGUUAAUAAUAAUUUCCUGGGGUCAGUUGUUCAAAGUUGGACUAGCGCUAACCCUGGGUUAAAAUUUAACCCGCUGUUUCGGUAUUUUAGCAAGUCUGUUUAUUUCAAAACAUUAGAAAAUAAAACUGCAAUCUGUUAACCAGAAAAAAAUUCUAGAUGUUUAAAAACAAGCUGUUGGGAAGAUUGCUUUGAAGAAUUUGUUAACCUUGGAUUGAGCUAACCGACUUUAGAACAACCGGCCUCUGGUAGGUUUGCAUACAUUGUUUUGUUCUGAGGAAAAGCUUGGGUACAUAUAUAUUUUCCUUCUUUUUCAGACACCUGAACGGUUAUACAUACUUUAUAUGUAACAAACAAUACUGGCGUUACAACGAUUUGAAGAAUCACAUUGACUACACAUAUCCACAUCGUUUGAGCAACUGGAUAAAUCUCCCAGCUAACAUUGAUGGUUUGUUUGUGUGGUCUGAUCGUCAACUGUAUGCUUUCAGUGGAGAAUUUUACUAUCAAGUUGUUUUCAAUGUAACGCAUUCAAUCAUUCGUAGAAACAUUUCAUCUUUUUGGCAUGGGGUACCAAGUCACAUUGAUGCUGUAUUCAGGUGAGUAUAAGUUUCUUGCGAAUGGUCCCGAGGUCAGUGUUGCCUGGACAACUUACUGCCUCAGCAUCAUGCUUAUUUUGCCAUGUAUGUAAUAUUUGUACAUGUUAGUUUAAUAAUCUUACUCCAUAUCAAUAACCUCUUUAACAAAAGGCCAGAUAACAUUCAACACUCAGCAGGGCUAAAUAUAACGACCGAUCACCGGUCAUUGACCGGCAGUCACAUUUCUGCUCUGGCAACGAGAUUGAUUUUUGAGAUAUUGUAGACCCGUUAAAAAUAAUGUGUCAAUUUGUAAAGGCAUCUUGGUCCUGAUGCUGUCUCGCCACUAGUCGUUGACACGGCCGUACAACUAUAUUUACGAUUUUUAGAAUGUCAUUAUUAAUUAUUCUUUGGAUAUUUGGGACUUUUUCGGCAUAUAGGCCUACUCCCCCCCUCCCCCCCGGUGAAAACGUCCUGCGUACGGCCCUUCUCUUUGAGGAUCAAGUUGUAGCGCAUAAGUACCAGAAUAGUAGUAUAUAAUAUUAUUUUACCACUUUGCGUUGCAUUUCGUUUUGAUGCAAGUUGACCGGUCAAACAUCGUGUUUGUCCCGUCCAACUGAGCAGUCACCAUGACCGGUGUAUCGUUGACCAUUAUUUUGAGCCGUGCAUUAGAGUGACAUUCCAUUUACUGGAAUAUCAUAACAUCUAAUAUCUAACAAUAAAUAUUUUCUAUAUCGCCACAGAGCAAAUGAUGGUUCAACAUAUUUCUUCAAAGACGCACAGUAUUAUCGUUUCAAUGACAGUCAACGUCAGGUCGACAUAGGCUACCCGAAACCUAUUUCGUCAUUCUGGAAAGGAAUCCCAAAUGAUAUUGGAACAGUAUUGCGCUGGUCAAACGGUCAGACAUAUUUCUUCAAGGAUAACAACUACUACAGGUUUAAUUUCACUCGCGGUGCAGUGGAUGAUGGGUAUCCACGCAAAAUAUCAGGAGCCUGGAGAGGAGUUAUGUACAAGACAAAUUCUUUGUAA